GUAAUCUCUCUUCCCCCCAAUCUGUCACAUACCAUUGAGAUCCCAUUCUGAAAGAGACUCACUGUACACCGGCCUCCAGGAUGAAGAUCGCUUCCUUCAACAUCCAACGUCUCGGACCGAAUAAGUUGUCCGACAAGGGCAUUGUGAAACACCUUAUAAAGAUUAUAUCCCGCUACAGCAUAAUAGUCAUCCUUGAAGUAGUCGACAAGAAGGGAAAAGCCAUGGACAAGUUCCUCACUGAACUGAACCUAACAGGUGCUAACAAGAAACAUCCGUACAAGAUGGUCAUGAGCUCCAGUCUGGGCCGGACACUUUACAAGGAACAGUUCGCCUGCCUCUACAGGCCAGACCAGUUCAAGCUGGUUGAGACGUACCAAUAUGAAGACAACCAACAGGGAGAUGAAGACGCCUUUUCACGAGAGCCCUUCAUCCUGCGCUUCACCUCACCCAAAAUAACGGUGAAGGACCUGGUGUUGAUCCCUGUCCACACGAAGCCAACAGACUCCGAGAAAGAGCUUGAUGAGUUGUAUGAUGUGUGUAUGGAUGUAAUGAAGAAAUGGAAGACUGAUAACAUAAUGAUCCUGGGGGAUUUUAACGCAGACGGCACGUACGUCUCCAAGAAAAAGAUGAAGAAAAUCAGGAUCCGUGCUGAUACAAAUUUCCACUGGCUGAUAGGGGAUGAAGUAGACACCACAACCAGACAGUCCAACGACCACACAUACGACAGGAUUGUGGUCUACAAGGACGACAUGUUGAACGCAGUAGUGCCGCGAUCAGCCAAAUCGUUUGACUUCCAGGCUGCCUACAAGAUGACUGAGGAGAUGGCUCUGAAUAUCAGUGAUCAUUACCCAGUGGAGGUGAAUAUGAAGACAAAGAGAGCAGCUAAAACCAAAGGAAAAGCGGUCAAACGCAAAGCAACAUAGAUCACAGCCCAGUGCACCAACAUGCACCCCAUGAAGGCACCACUCUGAAUUUUACUGAAUACUCUCUGUAUAAUAAGAAGGCUGAAAAACUAAUGAAGAAUUAAUAAUGUUUGAUAACGUACGUUGUUUUUAAAGGGCAGCUUACAGACAAAGAUCAUGAAAUUGAGGUGUAGCAGGUUUUACAGGUAAUAUGCAUUAUUAAUAACAUACAGUGAAUAAAGGUGCACUUAUUCUAUUCAUUGACUGCUGUUAUGAAGUUGUUGUAUGUUGUUU